AUGUUAUUUUCAGUCACAAAACAGGCGGAGACAGCUUGCAGUUUCGGGAACCGGCGGCUGUGUCUUUUGCGGAUAAGCCCUCGGAUUUCUGCUAUAUUUACCUUCCUCCUCUCAAACCUUCGCGACACCACCACGCGCACGCGGCGCGAGGCACCACCAGGUCGAGCUCCGGCCACCGCACGCACGGGGGCGGCAGCUAGGUCCCAGCGAGCUCCGGUCGAUCACCGCGUGAAGACGGUGUCGUCCAUGGCGCGCGCGCUGUCCCGGACGGCGGUCCAUGUCGCGGCGCGGCCCGGCGGGAUCGGGAUCCUGGCCAGCCGAUGCUGCUACCACACCCGCCGCCGGCCGCUGCUCACGGCGGAGGAGCUGCGCAAGGACGCCGGCGGGCCGUCCACGUCGGAGGACGCGCGGUCGAGCGCGUUGACGCGGCGGCUGGAGGAGGCCAUCGACGGCGCCAUGGCGCGGAUGUCGGAGCCUGACUGGGCGCCGUUCCGGCCGGGGACCUCCUACUACGCGCCGCCCAGGCCCGCCGGCGCGGCCCUCAGGAUGCUGGCGCUCGUGAACAGUGCCGGAAGGACGGGCCCCCUGCCGCGCCCGCUCUCCGGCGACGAGGCGCGCGCCGUCGCCUCGUCUUCUCGCGGAUUCCCCUGCUCGACCUACUUCAUCGAUGGCUACUUUCCGGAUGAAGUGGAGCGCUCAAUGCAGGAUGCGAUUCCAGCUGAGGAGGAAUGAGUGGAAGGGAUCGGUUCUUUUCACUGGACGUGAAUUCAGCUGAGGACGAAAUUAAGCUUGCCUCUUUCAUGUGUGCCUCUGCUUCUGCUGUUGUAGAAAUGUAGAAUCCAGAAAUCCAUGAGCUACUGUUAGGCAAUAAUAAUAAAAACUCAUGAAUCCAUGUAGCUCUUCUGGUUAUAUGUAAGACUCAUCAAACUAUAAAGAGAUUAAUAAUUACCAUCUUUUUUCUUGCUA